GAAACUUGGAAAGCUUGUAUUAGAGUAAGGUUCUGCGGCAUUAACGCCAAACUCCAAAGCUCUCCGUCCCAUUCCUCUCCUUCUUUGCUUGAUUCAGAGCGCGCGCUUCAUGUUCGCUGAAAUUCCCUUGCGAGAUGAUGAACCUGCAGCUUGAGCAUGACUACAUAGGCCUAGCGGAAGUCUGCUCUUCUCUUGAGAGUUCCUCCUACGACCUCGCUGACGGUGAUGGGGUGAACCUCCGGGGGACGGAGCUUCGGCUCGGGCUUCCGGGAUCUGAGUCUCCUAUGCGCAAGGAGAAGGUGGGUCUCACUCUCGGCUUACAGCCGCCCAAAAACUUCCCUGCUGGUGCAAAGAGAGGGUUCUCAGACGUGAUUGAUGGAAAAGGUAAGUGGGGUUUCUCUGGGAGGGGUGGAUCCGAGGUGGAAAUGGAGAAAGGUGGCGCCUUGUUCUCGCCUAGGUCUUGCGGAGGCGGUGGAAAUGACGUGUCGGUGAAUGCCAUGCAGGCGCAGGAGAAGAAGACUCAGGGACCUUCUGCUGCGAAGGCACAGGUUGUAGGAUGGCCGCCAAUCCGCAGCCACCGCAAGAACACUAUGGCCUCAAGUCCAUUAAAGAACAAGGGCGAUGUGGAUGGUGGAUGCCUCUAUGUCAAGGUUAGCAUGGAUGGAGCCCCAUACUUAAGGAAGGUUGAUCUGAAGACUCACCGCAACUAUAAGGAUCUCUCGGCAGGUCUUGAGAAGAUGUUCAGUGGAUUUACCAUGGGGCAGUACGCGUCGCAGGGCAUACCUAAUAAAGAUGGGUUGAGUGAAAGCUAUUUGACAGAUCUUCUUAAUUGUUCAGAGUAUGUGCUCACAUAUGAAGACAAGGAUGGUGAUUGGAUGCUUGUGGGUGAUGUUCCUUGGGAGAUGUUCAUUGAUUCCUGUAAAAGAUUGCGAAUUAUGAAGGGCUCAGAUGCAAUUGGGCUUGCUCCAAGGGCCAUGGAGAAGAACAAAAAUCAGAACUUGCAUUUUAACUGCUGAGACCACACUAUAGCCCAGUUCAAAUCACAUGGCCUAAAAAGUCUCUCCCAAAAUUCAGAAGUUCAAGGGUGGAAGUUAGUAUAUGACUUAGUAUUGGUUUCUUUUGUUUCAUAUGGAGUAGUGGAACUCUCAAGUAGCUUCCCAAGUUGGCCUAGAGUCUUAAGGUUUAUCACCCCAAUUGUUUGUCUAUGUUCCUCACUGUUUUGUACUUAUUUGUGUAAAUGCAUUGAUUGCUUCUAUGAUAGUGUUUACUACUAGUAUUCCAUCAAAAUAUUGUUCUCCUUUAUUUAUUGUAGAUUUUUUUUUUUAGAAGUAGAAUUAUAAGACCAGAUGAAUGUUUGUUUUUUUA